AUGGCGAUGGUCUUUCUACAUCCUCCUCCUCCUCCUUCGCAAUGUAGAAGCCUCUCUCCUUCUAUAUUCAACCGUCACAUCUCCGCCGGAGAUAUUUCAUCGUCCUCUCGUCUCUCCUUGAAAACCUCCGGCGUCGAGAGCUGGGUUUCUUGUUUCCGGUCGAAAUCUCUCGGUUUGGUGUUCUCUGGAGCUCUCGCUCUCGGUUUAUCUCUAUCGGGUGUGGGAUUUGCAGAGGCAAAAGUUGGAGUUAACAAGCCAGAGUUGCUCCCUGAAGAGUUCACUACUGUCAUAGAUGUUGCUGGCUUCCUCUCUAAUGGCCAGGAGAGACGAAUUGCUAAAGAAAUCGACGAUCUUGAGAAAGACACAGGAUUUAAGUUGAGAGUCUUGGCUCAAAACUAUCCUGUUACACCCGGACUAGCAAUCAAGGAUUUCUGGCAAGUGGAUGAUAGCACGAUUGUGUUUGUCGCUGACCCGACAUUUGGGAACAUAUUGAAUUUUAAUGUCGGGGCUACUGUUGAUUUGGAUGUUCCUCGUAGUUUCUGGAAUCGAUUGGCUGGGAAAUAUGGCAACAUGUUUUACUGGAAAGAAAAGGCAAGCAGGAAGAAGAAUACUCUUUUUUAA